AUGACAGGGCCGAGGUACCAUCUGCCGCAACGCUUAACCCCGAGAGAAUUCGAGAGCGGGAGCCUCGCGCACCUUGUCCCUCGCGUGGCGCCGUCCGCGCAGCCCGCGGUUCGGUCGGGGGCGACAUCCGGCGCUGCGAUUGCGGUUCUGUUUCCGGUUGCAGCUGGAGCCUAUUCGCGGCGAUGGCGUACUCUACGGUGCAGAGGGUGGCUCUGGUCUCAGGACUCGUCCUGGCCAUGUCGCUGCUGCUGCCCAAGGCCUUCCUGUCUCGCGGAAAGCGUCAGGAGCCGCCACCAGCGCCCGAAGGAAAAUUGGGUCGAUUCCCACCCAUGAUGCAUCAUCACCAGACACCCUCAGAUGGCCAGACCCCUGGGGCUCGUUUCCAGAGGUCUCAUCUUGCAGAGGCAUUUGCAAAGACCAAAGGACCGGGUGGAGGCACUGGAGGAGGCAACAGUGGAAGAGGAUUGAUGGGGCAGAUUAUUCCAAUCUAUGGUUUCGGGAUUUUUUUAUAUAUACUCUACAUUCUGUUUAAGCUCUCAAAGGGGAAAACUGCAGAAGAUCAUACAUGCUCUACUGCCACACCUGGAAACACCCGCAGGAAAAUUACAGAUUUUGAGCUUGCGCAACUACAAGAAAAACUGAAGGAGACAGAGGAAGCCAUGGAAAAAUUAAUCAACAGAGUGGGACCUAAUGGUGAGAGCAGAGCAGAGACUGUGACUUCUGACCAAGAGAAACAGUUGUUGCAUCAACUCCGAGAAAUCACCAGGGUCAUGAAAGAAGGAAGAUUCAUUGACAGACCGACUCCAGAGAAAGAAGCUGAGGAGGCCCCUUACAUGGAGGACUGGGAAGGUUACCCUGAAGAGACUUACCCAGUUUAUGACCUUUCAGAUUGCAUCAAGCAUAGGCAAGAAACAAUCCUGGUGGAUUACCCUGACCCAAAAGAGCCUUCUGCUGAAGAAAUAGCUGAAAGAAUGGGAGUGCUAGAAGAAGAAGAAUCAGACCGUUGGGUUUGGGAAAGUCUUCCCACUGACCCCAGAACGCAGGAAGAUAAUUCUGUUACUCUGCAUGACCGAAAGCCAAAAACAUGUUCCUGCUGUUUUCAUGAAGAGGAGGAUCCUGCUAUCUUGGCAGAGAAUGCUGGAUUCAGUGUAGACAGCCACAGUGAGCAAGAGGAAACCAAAGAGGAAUGGCCUCAAGAUUUCAAGGAUGAAGGGCUGAGCAUCAGUGUUGAUAAAGCAUAUACACAUGGCAUGUUGAGGAAGCGGAACCCCCAGGGUUUAGAGUGAAAACACCCAAUUUGGUGAAGUAUCCAUUACUCUAGUCCCACGGUAACCCUACUCCCCUCUCAGAUUUCAUCCUCGGCUCUGUAAUUCAUUGUGUCUGUUCAAAUAUUGUAGCUGUCAGGCUGCUACCAUGGAUAUUAUAUAUCCUUUCUCGUGCUCACAUACCUGUCACUUUAUAAAACUUUGUAGAGAUUAGUGUGAACACAAGACAGCCUCACUCUUUCUCUUCCGGCAUGUCCCCUAUCAGAGAAGUUGAUCCACAGAGUAUGUUUGGUCUAUCACAAUUAGAGAUGGGAUUACUCAGGCAAAGGUCCAACUCUUCCUGCUAGGAGUAACAGUUUAUGUGUGAAUGAAUAUCAGCUUACAGGUGAUGACUGAAGGCUGUAGGACUGAAGACUGUAGACUCCCAGAUGUCUUAUUCUUUGGGCCUUGAGCCAGGGUAGUGGUCCCCUGGGAAGAACAGAGCAUUUCAUUUGUGGGGAUGAUGGGCCCAGAGCAGGAUAAAACUCUUCUCUGAACCGAAGCCUCUCCCUCACAGGAAGGGCCCUUCUAGGAGCACUGAUGCUGCCUCAGACAUCUUUGUUUUUUCCUCCAGAGUAGCAGAAGACUCCAGCUGACCUGCUCUGCUUAACCCAGAGUCACCUUUUUACUUCUGGUCUUCAUUGGCUGGAGGAAGCUUUAGUCUUUGCCCUGCAGUGCCAACAUGUGAGGCUGCAGGGAGGUCUGCGCAAGGGUGGCAGUCCUGUCGUGAGGACCUCAGAAGUCCAGGAAGCUAACAACAGGGGCAAAAACCUUGAAUGUUGUGCCUUCCGGGUAAUUUGUUCUCAUAGCCACGUAAAUUGAAACAGAAAUGUGGACUGAGCUUGCAUACCCAGCUUGCCAGCCCAACAGGGAAGCUGCGGAGUGUGUCUGUUGAGGAAAACAAUAUAGCAGUGCAUGGAGGAAGAGACCAUUUGUUUAUAUUUGGAUAUCUGAGUCUUUUGAGAGAGUGGGAGAAUAGGAGGUAGAUUGGGACAGGGUGGCUUUUGACCAAGCUAAAGCCUUAUCUCCUGAACUGCCCAUCUCUUACAUGUUUUCUUGCAACAAGAUGGCACAAAUGAAUUCUAUUUAGCAAGAAGAAUGAGUCAAUUCAUAAUUCACAUGCAAAACUUCAGAGUUUAAAGGAGGCAUGUUCCCUGAGGACAUUCCUAAUCAUGAAAUGUGAAAGGUAUGAAAAUUAACAAAUAAUGUAAAGGUGUAUUAGUGGCUUUUAGAGUUCCAGUGUGCCUGGCCUGAAUAAGAUGCCAGGAAAGAGUUAAAUCACACAUACAAACAUGUAAGGCCUCUGUCAGAAGAUACGGGAUCAUAUCAGGAUUAUCAGUUAACUGAAUACAGAGAAAAGUCAUUAAAGAUUAAGUCUAUAGAAUGUACAUACAUCUGCCUUUCAUUGUCAAGUUUGUAGUUUAAAGGGUACUAAAGACAAUCAGGAUGUAAUACUAAAGGGGAAGAAUAAGGUGGGUGCUCUUUACUGUUUCGAUAAAUUGUUAUUUCCCUUAAUUCAUCACGAGGGGAUAAUUAUGAGGUGAGUUCUGAGUCCUGGUUCAAAGGUUAAAAAUCUCUUUUCCCUUAGAAUGCAAUUCCCUUAUUAGAAAUAGACACUUUUGUUUCCUUCUAGUUUAUUCAUUAAUUUAACAGACAUUGCUGAGUGCUAAGCACUGGGAAGAAAAGACUUUUCCUAUUCUCAAAAAUAAAAAAAAAAUAGUUUAACAUGGGAGCUUGCCAGGUAAAAUGAACCAUGAACUGUACUAGAGACAGAGUAGUAUAGUGCUUAAGAUCAUGAAUUCUGCAGGCAGAAAAAUGUGAGUCCUAAUCCCAUACCUGUAUAUUCUUGUUGUGAGAUCUUGGUCAGCUUCUUAACUCCUCUGAGCCUUGGCUUUAUCAUUUAUAAAAUAGGAGUAAUAGAAGUCCAGUUCUCACAGUGUUGUUAUGAGGGUAAAAUGAAAUAAUUAGUGCAUGUAAAACAGCAUUGGCCUAUCUCAUACAUGAUAACCACUCAGUAAAUGGUUGCUAUUUUAUUUUUAUUAUACAAGGUCUCAUGCUGUAAUAGAGAUAUGGACCCAAAACUACAGGAAUACAAAGGAGAGAGACAUCAUUUUUGCUGAAAUACAUCCAAGAAGACUUCACAGAGGAAGUGGGCCUUGAAGCAUGCUAAGAAUUUCUCCAGGCAGACAAGGAAGGGAAAAGACAUUCUUGGCAGAAAGAACAGUGUUGGACAAGGCAGAGGGGUAUGACAGUACAGGCCUACCUCAUUUUAUUGUGCUUUACAGAUACUGCAUUUUUUUUUACAAAUUGAAGGUCUGUGGCAGCCCUCAUCAAGCAAAUCUCUUGGCACAAUUUUUCCAGCAGCAUGGGCUCACUUCAUGUCUCUGUGUCACAUGUUAAUUAAGGUAUGUACAGUUUUUUUAGACAUAAUGCUAUUGCAUACUUAAUAGACUACAGUAUAGUAUAAACAUAACUUUUAUAUGUACUGGGAAACCAAAAAAUUCGUGUGGCUCUUUAUUGUGGUGGUCUGGAACCAAAUCCACAAUAGCUCAAAGGUGUGCCUAUAUAUGCUAUGUUCAAGUAUUCUAAUAAGGUUGGCACAUAAAGUGUCACAAGGUGUCACAAAACCAACCCUUUGAGUGUUAGUCUUUGGAAACAUUUGGGUUAUGGCAAUAGUCCUUGCCCAAAAUACCCAGUCCUCAAGAUGGCUCUUGCUGCCCUAGCUCUUGAUUGGUUUAUAGAGCAGGAAUUUUGGUGUACCUUUCAGUCUUUCAGACUGGGCAAUCUUUUUUUUUUUAUUUUCUACAAGUAGUUAUUUUAUUCUUCAGAGUAACAAUUGUAUGUGACAUAGACUCUGGAAUGACUAAAGUCUUGGGACUGGUUUUGUUGCCAUGCCUGCUGUCUCUUUCCUCAAGGUCCUUAUUUCUCAGAACUGGUCUGGACUUGAAUUUUACUAGCCCUGGCACUAGGUCUGCAGUGACCUUUGGGCACUGUGGCAGAGCAUACACAUCAUACCUCUGGUCUAGAAAAUACCUGGCUCAUCUGGGACUAUGACUGGCAAAUUAGAUGGGUGAUACAGUCAGAGGAUUCCCUCUCCUUGUCAGAGAAAACAACAGGAACACAAGCAAACCAUGUGUUAUGCUGGGCCCAGGUAAGCGUGCUGUGGAGUUGAGGCAUAUUGGACCUCCAGAAGAGAUGGCCUGUGAGAAUCACACUCUGUACCUUCUAUAGCCUGGGUGACCAAAUAACUUGACCAAACUGGGACACUUUGGAGAAAGGAAGCUUAGUAAUUAUGCCAGGACAAUAGGUAUAAACCAGAACUGGCCUAGACAAGAUGGCUUCAACUGAAGUUGCAAGGUAGCAGAGUAGGGAUUUUUAAAAAUCACUCCUGCCACUAGAAAAAUGAUCUGAAGAAAAGAGAUUAGAAUGAACUAGGUGGUAACCCUGGAACCAGAAUGGACAUCUAGAACAAUUGCCGAGGGGUCACGGUAAGCACGAGGCUGCCUAAAGUACAGCUUUUGUAAAUGAAGUGUGAACAAGUGAUCAGCCCUCAUUUCUCAGAACAUUGCAGUGGCUGUGAGCAAUGUGGCCCGGACUCCAGAACGGCCAGCUGGGGGGGCGGGCAGGACUGGCAGAGGAAACUGCAACACCAUUGUUCCCAUACUCAGAGAAACUGCAGUUAGUGACAACUCCAUCAUGGCCCCCAGCGUAUAUUCCUCUACCCCCAAGGCCAGCAGCUUCGGAUUGGCCAGAUUCUCACCUGGCCAGCUGCUAUGGACUGGGAAAGACAGGGAGGUCCUCCUCCCAGGAAAAGAGAGGGGUGCGGCACAGUCUUGCUCCAACUGUCAGCCGGUGAAGUUUAUCCUCUGGGUCCUGCAGCCUUGACUCUUCCAGGCAGGAGCCCGGGGUACCUGCAGUAGACUAGGAGAGUUGGGUAAGCCCUCCCACCUGGAACAGAGGAAGAUGCUGCACUGUUGGUCUGUGAAGUUGGACUGCAGGGUUCAUCCCUGGUCCUUUCUGGACAAGUGCCCACAGCACUGUGAUACCAUUAUUUCCACCUGCCUUAGAAACAGAGGGCUAAAAAAUAACAUACCUUGGUAGGGCUGUGGGGAAUAGGUUGCCAAAGAGCUCCGCCUGCAGUCUUGGGAAGACGCUUUCCUGACUUUAUCCCCAGGGCCUUUUGGAACUGUUCUGCAAACCCUUUGUAGAAUCCUGGUCAUGUUUUGGCUGAAAUACUGAAGAAUCAAGUGUCAAGAAAGACCUUUAAUAUAAACCCAACUAACAACAAUAUCUUAACAAGGUAACUGACUUUCAAAGUCAGAUGCCAGCAAAAAAUUCCAAGACAUACUAAGAAACAAGAAGACAGGGCCAAUUAAAAACCAGAGGAGAUACAAAAUUUGGAAUAACUAAUCAAGGAUGUUCAAACAAAUUAAAUAAUUUCAACAAGAUGGCUAAAGAGAUAAAGUAUAUUAAGGAGACACUAGGAAAGCAUAAAGAAGACUAUGAAGGAAUACAUAGACACUGUAGAUGAAACUAAAAUAUACUAGAGACACACAACAGCAGAUUCAAAGAGGCAGAAGAAGAGAGCAAACCAGUUUGAGCACGGUCUCAGGGAAAUGAUUGACAACAUUGAAGUGCACAAAGAAGCACAACGUACUCCAAAAAUCAAUCCAAAUAGACCUAUUCCAAGACACGUACUAAUCACACUUUCAAAUGCCAAAGGGGAGAAUCUUGCAAAGAGCAAGAGAAAAGUGAUUCACCACAUACAAGACUAGUUGCUGACUUGUCAUCAGACACAAUGAAGGUGAGUAUACAGUAUAUUUAAGAUACUGAAUGAGAAAAAUUACCAGUCUAGAAUUCUCUAACAAGGCUGUCCUUCAAAAAUGAGGUAGUUUCAAAUAUUCACAUAUGAACAGAGGCUGAGAGAGUUUAAUAAGACACCUGCCCUACAAGAAACACUAAUGGGAAUUCUUCCAGCUGAAGAGAUGAGACGGGAGACAGAGGCUUGGAGGAGAGUAUAGAAAUGAAGAUCAUCAGUAAGGGUUACCAAAAGGAUAAAAAGAGAAGAAAUUAGGGCAGACAAAUAAACGCCAAAGUAUAAAAUGGUCAAAGUAAGGACAGCUUUUACAGUAAUGACAUUGAAUGUUAAUAGACUAAAAUCUCCAGUCAAAAGACAAAGAUUGGCAGAAUGGAUAACUAACUAUAUGCUAUUUACAGGAGACUCACUUAUACAAAUAAGUUUACCUUCUUUUUCUUGGAGAACUUGAGGGAAAGCUGUAGACAGGAAGAGAAGAAAACUUCUUCAGCAUUAUAAAGGGCAUAUAUGAAAAACCUACAGCUAACAUCAUACUCAAUGGUGAGAGACUGAAAGCUUUCCCUCAAGACCGGAAACACGACAAGGUUGCCACUGUCACCACCGUUGUUAUUCAACAUUGUGCUAGAAGUUCUAGCUAGAGCAGUUCGGCAAGGAAAAAAAAAAUUAAAGGCAUCCAAAUUGGAAAGGAA